GGAUUCUUCGAAAAGGAAAGAGAAUCAUUAACACUACGGAAAUAUAGGCCAAAAAGGUCCUAUAAUUAUAUUAUAUUAUCUUAUGCACCCUGGGAGCACCGCGCACAAACAUCUAGGCAUGAGCGUAAUUUUAUUGGCCCGCUUUACAAAGGAACACAAAACACAAUAACGACGUUCAUGCUCUCCUUUUAUUUCACCUACCUAUAAUAGAGUGACUUUGCCUACGCGUUUACAUUAAGGGGCAGCUUUGACGCUUGCAUGAACACAGCAUUCCACGUCCACUUUGACUUUCUUCGGGUCAGUUCAGGCCAUUGGGAAGACCACGAAGAGGAAAAUUAUGAAUUAUUUCAUUAUCUGGGCAAUUACGUCUGCAGGUGUAUGGCAAGUCUGUGCGUCUUCUGAUGACUAUUACGCUGCGGCCUACAAACUUAAAAAGAACCUUUUUGCGAAUUAUGAUGCAACCAUUCGACCUGUAAAGAACAAAAGUGAAACUGUUGUUGUUUACCUGGAUAUAAGCGUCAAUCAACUUAUAGAAAUGAAUGCGGCGGAGCAGAUACUGUUUCUUAGUUUCUGGCUACGACAGAAAUGGCGUGACGAAAUGCUCUCCUGGAACGCGACCGAGCAUAGCAAUAUCACACAAAUCGACGUGGCUCUCGAAGAAAUAUGGAAACCUGAUAUAACUAUAUAUAACGAUGUUCGGGAAGAGGAACGAGAUGUAAGUGCGUAUCCCGCCUCCGUGUCAAGUGACGGGACUGUGAGUUGGAAAGCUCCAAUUAUCCUUAAGAGCAGCUGUAUCAUAGAUAUUUACAACUUCCCAAACGACAGACAGAGCUGCCCCAUAAAAUUCGGCUCUUGGCACUACAACGGGUUUCAACUGGACAUCCAAAACCAAACUGAAUAUGGAGACACCAAAACGUUUGUAAAGAAUGGAGAGUGGCGCGUGGGUGUGGUGCCUGCAGUAAGGACGGUGCAGUACUACUCAUGUUGCCCAGAACCAUACCCCGAUGUGACAUAUUAUAUAGUCAUGUGCAGGAAGCCGCUGUAUUAUAUCUACAAUCUAAUUUUGCCAUGUAUCGUGAUCCUGAUCAUGACAGCUAUCAGUUUCUAUCUACCGGUGGAAUCCGGGGAGAAGGUGUCCUUUGGGGUGACUGCCGUGUUGGCCAUGAUGGUGUUCCUGCAGCUGGUCUCGGAUCUGACACCCACACAGUCUGACGUCGUUCCCAUUCUAAGCCUCUACCUUACGUGUGUCUUGGCUCUCCUUUGCGCCUCCACCCUCACCAGCAUAAUAGUUAGCAGCAUCCACUUCAAGGGAGAAAAGGGCUUGAAGUUACCGCGCUGGGCUCAGAAGUUCGCCAUCUUUACUCUGGCACCCAUUUUGUGCAUGAAAAAUGACGUGAAUGAACAGCUUGGAUAUACGGAUCCGGAAGAAGACCCAUAUGAAUGGUUGACAAAAAAGCUGGCGCAACCCAACGGUGUCGACACAAGAAAAAUCAAAUAUGGCGCCAAGCAGAGCGGAAAGCAAGGUUUCUCCAAUCCCGCCUUUCAAGUAGAAAAUACAGAGAACAACAAUAGCGAUCCUUACCACAACACCACUUUAGUUUUACAUGAGAUUCAUCGCACCCUGCGAGGAGACGAUUUCCGCGGGAAGGAGGCCAGAGAGGAAGCACGAACGAAAACAGAAUGGCAGCUCGCCGCUUCCGUUGUAGAUAGAUUUGUAAUGUAUAUUUACAUUCUUCUGACAAUUGCUUUGACGGCUUGGUGCUUCGCAAUAUCCCCACCAUGUGACCCGAACGUGUUUGACGGACCACGUGACCUGUCCACGUGAAGCAGGUGAUAGUAACUAUAUUUUUUUAUGUGACGCACCAUGACGGCGUUGUAUGAAUUGGAAGCACUUCUUCUGAACCGCUGUUGUGCAGGGACCACGAGUUUUGGACCCCACUUGAGCUGUUUAUACCAAAAUGACUGUCUAUUUAUCUAUAGACAUAUCUGUGAAUAUCUGUGGAAAAUCGAUGUCGCCCUGGUAGAGGGUAAGCUGUUCACGCGGCACACGUGGUAGAUCCGUUGCAGUUCAGUGCAGUGCGUUAGCACACGCACAUAUAGGGGUUGCACAGAUUCCCCAAAAUUAUGCCUAGUUCAUUCUCGUUAGAUGACGUCACAUAUCGACGAUUGGACAACGGCAGUUUUCUAAAUAGCACGCAAUACGGGAAGUAAAUGUUACUGUAUCUCUGACAAUACAGACGUCUUAAAAUGAUGCAAAAAGACCUGUCACAGGCACUAGGAAUGGCAAUAGUCACAAUUUCAUAAUAGAUUGCUGGACUAUGAAUUUUUAAAGUAAAGUGAUAGAUAAUCAAUGACUUGAAAACCACAAAUUCAAAUUAUAUACUUAUUUUUAAUAAGAAUAAGAGCGAAAAUAUGCAAUAUCAUAUUGUAUGUAUUUAUUAUAAGAGUAAAUGACGUAGUUUUCAAAUCGAGCUUCAUAGUUCGUCGUUUGCGAAACCUCCCUAUUCCUUUAACGUUUGGCUUAUAAGUAGGUAGAGGUGUCACCAAAUUUCCGAUACUAUUACAGCGACUGCAUGUGAUGGCGUAAUUUACCAAGUCGUCACCCGUUCUUACUCAAACAGAUAUGGUAGUCAGCUAAAAGACCGUAGUCCGUCUGCCAUUUAGGCUUCCUUGUAAAAGUGACAUUCGUCUCAGAUACUGACAUCGAUACUUCCUGCUAUCUCUAACCUUCCGAGUUUACUAAUACUAUGGGGCCCAGGAUUGUAAUUCCUAGGACUACUAUUCCUGUCACAUCGUCUCCAAAUGCAGAGAUACAUACACUGCAUAUACAAUGGUCAUGAAUGCAAAAAAAAAAAAAAAA